AUGUUUGAUUAUAAUCCAGGUUCCAUUCCUCCAUGUGCCGGUCUGUCGAGUUCAAGCUCACUUGUAUGCGCAUCUGCGCUUGCCACAUUAGCGACACAUUCUUCUCGAAUAUUUGAAGUUGUUAAUAAGGCCGAAUUAGCUGAAUUAUGUGCUCGUGCCGAACAUCUGAUAGGAACAGAAGGCGGUGGUAUGGAUCAAGCGAUUGAGAUAUUGGCUGUUAAGGGAAAUGCGAUGUUCAUUGAGUUUAAUCCACUCAAGUGGACAGCUGUUGAAUUACCGAAAAGUGCGUUAUUUGCCGUAGUGCACUGUGGUGCUACACUGAAUAAAGCUGCAACGUCACAAUUCAACGAACGUGUUGUGGAGUGUCGAAUUGCUGCACAG